GAGCCCCAACCCCGGCCCGGGUCGGUGGGGUGCGGGGUCGGCUCCGUGCCUGGAGCCCCGGGGGACAGCCCGAAGGGUGCUCAGGCUCCGGGGUCCCCGUCCAAAGGGUGCUCCAGGGGGGGUCCCGUUCCAUGGGGCGCCCUGUACCCCCGGGGGUGCCCGGUGCUUCCUCUCCCGCGGUCCCCGUGCCCCGGUCCCCCCCUCGCCGGUUCUCCGGGGCCGGCGCUGGCGGAGCCGCGCACCGGAGGCGGUGGCAGCCCCGGCUCCUCCCCGGCCGCGGCGGGAAGGCGGAGCCGGGGCCGCCGCCUCCCAACAAUAGCGCGGCCGGGCCGGGCCGGGAUGGAGUCUCCGCUGCCGCCGGGACCGGCCCCGGGGCCGCGCUGAACGGGGUCGAGCAGCGCCGCCGGGAGCCGCGGGCGUGAGUGCGCGGGGCCUGUGCUCGGGGCCGGUGCUCGGGGCCGGUGCCUGUUCCGGGGUGACACGGCGGGGGAACCCCGAGCGAGCCCGCGAUGUCGGAGAGCGUGGCCGAGGUGCCGGGAGCCGGGAGCGAGACGGGCACCAGCCAUGAGCUGCUGCAGCGGCUGCGGGAGCUGGAGGCAGAGAACUCAGCCCUGGCCCAGGCCAAUGAGAACCAGCGGGAGACGUAUGAGCGCUGCCUGGACGAGGUCGCCAACCAUGUGGUGCAGGCAUUGCUCAACCAGAAGGACCUGCGUGAGGAAUGCAUCAAGCUGAAGAAACGGGUCUUUGAGCUGGAGCGGCAGAACCAGGCGCUGAGCGACCUCUUCCAGCAGAAGCUGCAGCUCUCGGCUGGAUCCUUGCCCCAGCUGCCGCCGGUGCCCGCGGAGGCCCCCAGCAGCCCUGAGCCGGGCUGUGCCGAGCAGCCGCCCCCCCCGCUGCCCCCCGGGUGCUGCAUCCCACUGCCAGAGGUGAUACCACCGGUGCCGUCGGGCAGCCCCGGGCUCAGCCCUGCUCCCCUGGACGCCCUUUCCCCCUUCUUCAAGAAGAAAGCUCAGAUCCUGGAGGUGCUGCGCAAGCUGGAGGAGACGGACCCGCUGCUGGGGCCCCCCCCGGCCUCCCCCGGCUCCCCCGAGCCCUGCUCAGCCCCGGGCUGGGCCCUGUGCCCGCUGCGGGCGCCGGGGGCUGCCGGGGGGUGGCGGGGGGCCGAGGGCAGCCCCUGCUCUUCGCCCGACGAGCGCCUCGGCCUCAGCGCCUUGGCCGAGCGGCUCCUGCGGGGGGAGCCCGGGUGCUGCCGCCGCAAUGGAGAAGCGCCCGGGGGCGCCCCCCGGCAGCGGCGCGGGGGGGAGCUCCCCGCGUCCUUCCUGGGGCUCUACGCCCCGGGCGAGGAGAGCCCCGAGGGCGGCUUCACGCCGCUCUCGCCCGGGGGGGUCCCCAACGCGCUGCCCUCGCCCCCCAAGGUGCUCAAACUGCCGCCCCCCCCCGCGGGGCUGCGCCUCAGCCCGCAGCUCGCUCAGGCCUCCAGGAUCCCGUGUCGCAGCGGCAACCCCGAGGUCACCCCCAGAGCGGCCUCCCCCGAUGCCCCCCCCGAGCCCGGCUCCCCCGAACCCCCCGUCCUACCCUCGCCCCGGCCCUAUGAGGCGGCCGAGCAGCCCCCCGGGACCCCGGGCCCCGCCGCCAGUGGCGAGCAGGCGGCCGCCUCCCCCCCCAGCACCCGCCGGGGCACGGGGGGCUCGGCCCCGACCCGGCGCCCCGGCAAGAAGCCCCCCGAGCCGGGCUACCUGCCCUUCAAGGAGCGCCUGGCGGCCCUUGGCAAGCUGCGAGGGGCUGAAGGCCGUGAGCCCCCCGGCCCGGGCCGGCCCGAGCGGGGCCAUGGGGCUGAGUUGCGCCCCCCGUCCCGCGGCGGGGGUUUGGGGGGCAGCCUGAAGCACCCCGAGCCGGCGCACGCUGGGGAGCCCCUGGCGCGGUGCUACUCCUCCGGCUCCAUGGGGGAGCCCGGCAAGGCGGGGGGCAAGGGGCGCCCCACCGGCGGCAGGACCCCACCGCGGGCCCCCCCGGCGCCCCCCGCCAAAGCCACCCGCAGCCCCCACGGCAGCCCCACCAAGCUGCCCACCAAGGCGGGCGCUGGCAAAGCCGGGACGCCGCGGGGCGAGGAGCCGGCGGGAGCCAAAGCAGCGGGGGGGUCCCAUAAGACACCAGCGGCCCCCGAGCCCCCCGGGACGGGCCCGCUGCCGGGCGCCGCCGCACACUCGGCCAUUGAGGAGAAGGUGAUGAAGGGCAUCGAGGAGAACGUGCUGCGGCUGCAGGGGCAGGAGCGGGCGCCGGCGGCCGAGGCCAAGGGGAAGGCGGCCGGAGGCUUGGCCAGUUGGUUCGGGCUGCGGCGGAGCAAGCUGCCGGCGCUGAGCCGCCGCGGGGACGGCGGCCGCGGGCGGGAAUGGGCCGGGACCCCGGCCCCGCUGCGCCGCGAGGUGAAACUGGCCGCCCGCAAGCUGGAAGCCGAGAGCCUCAACAUCUCGAAGCUGAUGGAGAAGGCGGAGGAUCUACGCAAGGCGCUGCGGGAGGAACACGCGUUCCUGCAGGGGCUGGCGCUGGAGAAGGGGCGGCCGCGCUGUGCCCCCCGCGGCACCGGCCACCUCCCGGUCAUGUACCAGGAGGUGACGGCCGAGACGUUCAUGCAGCAGCUCCUGGACAGGGUGGACGGGAAGGACGUGCCCUACGAGAGCCGCCUGGAGCACAAGCGGGAGCUCUGUGACCUCCGGCGGGUCCCCCCCGACGCCAAAGACCCCCGGCUCUGCCGCCCGCCCCGCAACGGCAUCGUGGGGCACCUGCGGGAGCCCCCCGACAAGGUGCCGGAUGUGGGGCUCCGGGACGAGCUGCCAUCGGAUGAGAGUUUGUCCGAGUCGGGGACGUCGCAGCACUUCCCCGCCUGUGGGUCACUGACGCGGACACUGGACAGUGGGAUCGGGACCUUCCCGCCCCCUGACUAUGGGGGGGUCCCUGCUAAGAGCACCCCAAAGCCGCGGGGCCGCCCCGAGCCACUGCCCGGUGGGCCCGUGCCAGGGCGGCCACCGGCCAGCACCAAAGUGCCGCGCAAGGCCCGGACGCUGGAGCGGGAGGUUCCCAGCGCUGAGGAGCUGCUGGUGGCACCCAAACACCGGAGCACCCCGACGUGCCGCCCCCCGGCCCCCCCCGGCCACCGCGCCGGGCCCCCAGACGCCGGUGCCGACGCCGGGAAGCCGCGGCGCGUCCAGCAGAGCAAGAACUGGACCUUCCCCAACGCCAAAGCCUGCGGCGCCGCCGACCCCUUCCUCUGCCCCGCGGAGGGGCUGGAGGGGCUGCACCGGCCCCCGCUGGCGCCCGUCUGCAGCCCCGCCGCGCACCGAGGGGCGUCCCCGGAGGCGCCGCUGCCGCCCGCCCUCAGCGCCAGCAGCAGCCGCACCCCGAGCGCCUCGGACGUGGGGGACGAGGGCAGCACCGAGGCGCCGUCGCGGGAUGGGGGGCGCGGCCCCCCGGGGCUGGAGCACUCGGAGUCGCUCAGUGACUCGCUCUAUGACAGCCUCUCGUCCUGCGGCAGCCAGGGCUGACCCCCCCGCGCCGCGCUCGCACGUCUUCCACACCCCCCCCCCUUCCCGAGCCCUGCUCCCCCUUACCGGGGACUUGGGGGGGGUGUGUGUGUCCCGGUACCCCGGUUCCCCCCCCCCCAUCACCCGGUUCUCUCCGAUGGUGCUAUCGCCGUGUACAGCCCCCGCCGCCGGGUUUUUAACUCAAUAAAAGUGCCCCCUCCGUGC